AGUAGUAGUACAUGGGAAAGUAUAUAGAUUGUUAAUCAGGAUUGCUGAAAGAGGAAGGAAAGAAGCGAAGAGAAGAGCAAUGGAGGAGGAAGAAAAAGCAGCGCUGUUAAGCGAAAACGAGGAAGAAGAUGGAGAGGUGAAGGAGGUGGAGAUCCACCUGUUCCGGCGAGGUCAUGGUCCAAUUGCGGUAUUCAAGUCCAAAUUAGGUGGAUCUCAACACAACCAGUUAGAGGUUCGUCACAUUCUCCACAACCACUCUCUCAAAUCCAUGUUCGCUUUCAACCCCCAAUCUGGCCGUGCCGUCCCCAUCCGCUUCAACCCUAAAACCGGAAGGUCCAUUCUCACUUACCGAAACGGCGCCGUUAUUUUCGUCGACGGCGAACCCAAGGACUCGUUGCUUAAGCCAGUGACUAGGAUCUUGGUUGGGGUGGUGCUCAUAACGAUUAUGAUACUUCUAGUUUCGAGGGAAAGUCCUCAGUGGAUUCACAAAUUAAACUUUUCGGGUGUGAAUUUCCCUCCCUUGAUCUUGGCUUGUGUUGUUAUUGUCUUCACCCGCAUGAGGAAGAGAACCAAAGAUUUUCUUAGCAAGUGGGGUUUGUGAAUCAAUGCUUUCAGGCUGUCUUAGUUGAUGCUGUUGUUUUGCGAGUAUGCCUUGUUUGGCGGUAUACUGUUUCUCAAUUUUCGUUUUUUGUUUUUUAUGCUUCGAAGCAUUUCUAAUGAUGGUGGAAAAAAAUUAUGUUUAGUGGAAAUAUUGUAAAAUUGUAAUCUUGCUGGUAUCACAUCAUUCCGAAUAUAACAAGUACAUAGCUGU